GCGACACUGUUCCUGCUUGUUCUCCAUUUUACCUAAUCUAAGUGGCGCCCCCAACGGCAAUUCAAAAUCCGAAAUGCCUUCAUUUUUGUUUAGUUGCCGUACUGUCAAUUCGUUUUUGUGAAAUUUGCUAAUUUUCUGUAAAACUCGGUACUUUUAACCGGAAUCCCCUCACUCCCAGUCCUGAUUCACGCCAUGUCAGCAUUUUCCAACCACCUAACCUAACUUUAACACUUGCUCUAAUUUCGCCACAAGUGGUCAGUUUUGUAUGGAUUUACCCGCACCCCACCGAUGGACUCGAUUUUCCACGAAAAGCAAGAGGGUUCUCUGUGCGCUCAACACUGCCUCAACUCCCUGCUCCAGGGCCCCUACUUCACGGCCGUGGACCUGAGCAUCCUCGCCGAGAAGCUGGACGAGGAGGAGCGCGUCCGCAUGGCGGAGUCGGGCGAGGACUCCGAGGAGUACCGCAACUUCCUGAAGCAGCCCUCCGGGAACAUGGACGACAGCGGCUACUUCUCCAUCCAGGUGAUCAGCAAGGCGCUCCAGGUCUGGGGGCUGGAAAUCGUGCCUUACACCGCCGACGACGCGCGCGUCAAAAACCGGGACCCGGGCGAGAUGCAGGCGUUCAUCUGCAACUACCAGAACCACUGGUUCACGAUACGGAAGAUUGGGAACCAGUGGUUCAACCUGAACUCGCUCCUGGCCAAGCCGGUGCUCAUUUCGGACACGUACCUGGCGCUGUUUCUGGCGCAGCUGAAGAACGAGGGCUAUUCGAACUUCGUGGUGUUCGGGGAGCUGCCCCAGUGCUCCGCUGACGAGGUCAUUCGCAGCAACCCCGUGCUGCCGGCGCUGAACAGCCAGCCCUCGGAGGAGGACCCCGAGCUGCAGGCGGCGCUCAAGCUCAGCCUCAGCCAGGAGCCCCAGGAGGUGGUGCCCAACGCCGAGGACGAGGAGCUGCAGAAGGCGCUGCUGUUGAGUCUGUCGUGCGAAAAUGACGAGGAGUCGAACCUGAAGAAGGCGCUGAUUUUGAGUGUAAUCGAUUUUUACUAACAUCCGACGCAUGAUCUAGAUUUAGAUGGAAAUUUUUCUAAUAAAACUAAUUGUAAAAACUGUUAUUGUUGUUAUUGACCAGAGUUUAAUAAAUUAUGAGAUUUGUUUCGUUUCAAACUAUUGAUUGUAUUUAUUUAGCCAGUGAUGCUUUUUUUCUAAUAUUUCUUUGUUAUACGUGUAACCAAGUACCUGCAAUAUUCACGUACGGUGACCAUUAUAGGUAUUUUUAAUAUAGGACUUUACAUUUAUUUAUUGUAAAACUUGAUACUGUGUACUUAAUUAUUAAAAGUUUGUUACUA